GACACACAGACAUUUUGGGCUGAACUUGAGCCAGGUGUCCCCGCUCAGUGAGCGAAUGGGGCCUGCCGAGGUAGGACCGUCUCUGCUCAGAGCAAAAUCUUAUCAGGAAUUUCACAGUGACAGUGCUGCUCUUGCUGUACACAGCAGUUAAUACUGUGGGAUGAGCCAUCAAAAAUGGAGUGCUGGCGCCAGAGGUGCUUUCUGACCGCCGCAACAGGAAAACAACAGGUUCGCCUUGUCUCCUAUGUAGCCCAUCUGUAAUGCAGUUCCUAUGGUACAGAAUCAGUAUUUUACUGCUGAAAAAUUGACCGUCGGUCUAACCAAUGGCAGACAAUCACACAGGCGAAGAGCUGUCUGCUCAGUUCAGAGAUGCUUCCAGGUUCUGGAUACAGCGUGUGUUUGUGCCCCUGGUGGUGGGGGUCGGUCUUCUGGGGAAUGUAGUUACCAUCGUAGUCUUGACACGCAGAAGGAUGCGCAGCUCCACCAAUGUAUAUCUGACAGCCCUUGCUGUGUCAGAUCUCCUCUACCUCAUGUUUGUCUUUACUCUCUCAUUCAUGCACUACCCCAGCAUACAUGGACCCUCAUACCAAUGGUACUGGCACUAUUAUGGCUUUGGAAUAUGGUUCACUGAUGCAACCACUUAUACAUCCAUAUGGCUGACUGUUUCCUUCACUGUUGAGAGGUACAUUGCAGUGUGCCACCCAAUGCGUGGCCGGUUAAUCUGCACAGAGUCCCGUGCCAGGAAGGUGAUUGUGUUGGUGUACUUCUUCUGCUUUGUGACUACAGUAACCACCCCCUUAGAGUAUGAAGCAAUUGUGACACAGGACCCUAAAGACAAUUCUACCCAGAUUUUCAGUUCGAACUUUACCAAAAUAUAUCACAACAAGACUUAUCGCACUGUGUUCUACUGGUUCACAACAGUCACCUUCAUAUUUGUUCCACUAAUUCUUCUUGGAAUUUUCAACUCAUUCCUGAUCCAUGCUGUUCACAAGAGUCAGCAGCAGCGAUGCAGAAUGACACAGGUUGAGCAAAGUGAUAGCAUCCAGACACAGGAAAAUAAGAUUACCAUAACUCUAAUUGCUGUGGUGAUCCUGUUUAUGGUUUGCCAGAUUCCUACUGCCAUUACUCUAAUUUACAAUCUAUUUCACCAGCCACCUAUGAAUUCGGUUGAAGAGAACAUUGGUCUUGGCUUAGGGAAUAUUUUUAACUUCCUUGUCACUGUCAAUGCAUCUUGUAACUUUAUGCUUUACUGUGCUUUGAGUGAUAAAUACCGGCGAACGUUUCUACUUACGUUUCUGCCAUCAUGUUAUCAUCCUCCAAGCCCAAGUCGCCACAGUACUGUAUUCAGCUCAUUGUAUGAUGGCCGAUCUACACUUCGUCAAAGUGUGCACACAUCUUCCAUUCGUGGCUGUAGCACAAAUGGUGACAAUGUGAAGGCAUUCAAACGUGCUUCAAACUAUAAUGCCAGGAUCCAGAACAACGAAGCUCAGCCAUCUCUGCAUCCAGCCGAGAAUAAUGUUCCAUCACUGUUAGUUGAAUCACAUUACAACUGGUCAUCUUUUAUUCUGAAAUAAUAUAAACAUUUCUACACACAGGCAUAGUUAUAGAUGAGAAUGAGAAAAGCUUGCUGAAACCACCGCCAAGGACGCUGAAUUGUGACAGUACUGGGGACCUUAAUUUCUGAGUGUGAGUUUGAACUAUAAAUGGAUACCAGUAUGUUGCUAUGAUGGUUUUAAUCGUUUCCAAGAAAUUAUACUCUCUUCAUUAGGCUUGCAACAAUGGACACAUAUCUUGAGCACUACCAUCUUAAUUCCAUUCAAAGGAAAGUAGCAGUUUAUAUACCAUUCCUCAUUGUGACUGGUGGACACUAUAUCUUGUAUCCUGUGAUUAUGUAAAUGUUCAGGAGUUCUUUUUUUUUAUCAUGCUCCUCAUUUGUUGUGAGUGGAAUGAGAAGAGAAUAGACAACUUGAUGAUGUUUCUUCCUAUAAUCAUAAAGCAGUGACCAAGACAGCAUUCAACAUAUGUGUCUUUGUGAAUUAUUAAAUAAUUUGUUUGAGAAUAUGUUUUCAAGUGCCAGUCAUUUACCAAUAAACACUUGGCUGAUUAACUAGCUGAAUAGUUUGAUACUGAAGAAGCAUUCCAGCCUAUUGUGAACAAUUUGUACCUGCUACAAGCCAGUUACAUCAGAAGAGCAUACUUGCAUUAAAACUAUCAUAGCUAAAGAGAUUUGCUUGACAUUAAUUACUUAGAGAGCAUUUCUGUCAAGAUAUGGCAUCAAGGGUGGUAUAUUGAUGUUUAGAAGAAACAACAGACUCUCACAUGGGGUGGUUUGAAGGUAAUCUGUGGAAAUACUGCAUUUCUGUGCAACUGUUUUUUAAAAUAAACAGCUUUGUCAUUUCUAGAGGGAAAGGCUUGGCAGUCAGAGGGAUAAAAACAUGUUAAGCAUUGUAAUUAUGUGAUCUGGCCAGUGCUUUGUAGCCUGCAGAAACAUUGAAAAUAAAAGUAUAAUUCCACUGAUUC